AUGAAGAAAAGUGUUACGUUGUUUGAUUUUGUGAGUGUUUAAAGAGUAGAAUUAUACUAGUUAACAAGACGAGUGUUUAUAAUUUACGCCAUAGGUCCCUCGCUAUUAUUGUCAUGGACUUGGGAAAAUGUCCGAAGAAGUGCUUUAAAGAUUGCAACCCUUGUAUGGAACGAGUGACUAAGAUGCUUCCUUGUACACACGAGCAAAUGGUGCUGUGCCACCAAGAUCCGGCCAAUGAGUUUUGCCAGACACCGGUGUGGAAAAUUCUGCCUGAUUGCAGACAUGGCAUGGAUUUGUUAUGUGGCGCAUCAGUUUCUGACGCUGUGUGUCCUGAAAUGUGUGGCAUGACUCUUGAUUGUGGCCACAUUUGCCCACUUCCUUGUCAUAAAAGAAGUUCACAUGAUACAAUACAGUGCCAACAUUCUUGCCAGCGUUUAUGUUCAGAUCAACAUGGAUGUGAAAAGAAAUGCUUUGAAGAAUGUGGUAAUUGCCUUACAAAAAUGACGAAACUUCUGCCGUGCGGCCAUGAGGGAGAAGUGGAGUGUAGCCAGAACUUAGCCGAAGUCAAUUGUGCCGUUAAAGUUACAAAAUUCUCACAGAUUGUGAACAUUCGGUUGAGAUUGAAUGCGGGAAAUAAACGGGUGGCUACAAAUGUAAGGAGCAGUGCAAAAAGCUCUUGUGUGCCGAUGGCCACAUUUGAAAAAAUCCUGCUUUGAACCAUGUGGAAAUUGCACCGUCAGAAUGAGCACAGUA